AUGACAUUCCCCAACAUCAAGUACAAAGAAGUGAUCAGCUCGACGCUUUUGAAUGCGCGCGAUUCAGGACAAACGAGUGUUUCACUGAGCUGGUACCUGAAGGAAGAGGCCGACUAUAUUGCAUCGACCUAUGAACCCCAUAUCGACUUUGGUGACUUUAAGAGUCAAUGGACACGUCGUAUCAUCGAGAUGGCAAGAGCUUUGGAUAUCCCCAUGGAGAAUGAUUCACCAUCGUGGAAUGUGGUGUUGGCCGCUAUCCUACGACGCAGUGAUGACAACAAAAAUCAACAAACGAGUGCAACACCAUUAUCCAAUUAUACCACUAGCAGCGUGACAGAUGAAACUACCACAACUACAACCUUUCAUACGACUACUACCGCCAGCAGCAGUGAAGCCGCUCGCAAAUUAUCCAAAGCUGAUAUCGACAAGGUCCAACAAAUGUACGAUGAUUUGCAGCCUGACAAGAUGUGGAUUCUAAGCACUGGCAAAACUGUGGAAAAGGAAAUGCAAAAAUUUGCCCAAGAAUGCGAAUAUGAACACCCUGUCCACUCAUUGAUCUUGGACCCUACUGAUCCAUGUUGGAAGGUUUACUUUACACCGCAAGAGCUACGUCAAAUUCAAUCCUAUCAAUCUGUUUCCAUACCCAGCUUUCCCGAUCAUCUCAAGACUUACCUUGGCACAUUUUCAAAGAUGCGCACCGUCCAAGAGAUUGAUGACCAACUACGUGCUAGCCCAAUAUUCAGUUUGGAGAACGCUGAUCUAAGAUGGAUACAAAAGACGAUCAUGGACGUUGUGAACAUGUAUGCAUAUGGCUUUUUCCCCACGACUCGAGAAAGUGAGACCGACUACGUAUACCAUGUUUGGGGGAUGAUACGAUCAUGUUUGUCACCAGCUAGGAUCAAGAUCUUCAGCGGGAUUGACAGCAAGGCAUCGAUUGAAAGGAGGAACAGUGAUCGGCAAGCUGCUGGUAUUACAAGUAUACGGAGGCGACGACGAGGAAAGAAGCCGGACAUGAUCUUCGCAUAUGACACAUUGGAACUUGGAUGCACGGAGGCAGGAUUAAGUGAUGAUGGGCCAACUGGGACCAAGGAAAUCAAGGAAGGUGUGCUCAAGAUACCCAAGGAAUUGAAGAACAUGCUUUUACGACUCGUAGCUGUGGCACCGCAAAAUCGAUAUGAUAUCAGCACCGUUGGAUUUGUUAUUUCAGGCUUACAGAUAUCAAUGCUGGUCAUGGAUAUACCCUGUGGCUAUGUAUGCCGUCUCUCAAGGACUGAUCGUUACGCGUUCCCUAUCUCACCUGAUUUUAUGUCCAAGCAAUUGACGCCUAUCCUACAAUUGAUUUAUUCAGCCAAAGAAUUGAUGUUGAACACCAUCGACAAACUUCGAGCGAGCAAUACUGUCCCCGUCAGUUUUAUAUCCGGAGUCGAUGAUACGCCCAUUCCACCUGCUUUUGUUUCCCCAUCCUCAUCCACAACCACGUCUUCUACUUCAUCCAGAACGAGGAAACGUAAAUCACCCAAUGCCAAAUAA